UGAGCGCGUCAGGUCAUGAUGUCAGUGUUGCGUUAGAUCUGUGCUGGAGAUGCUGGAUGGUGUGAUGUGCCGCAGGUCCGCAGUGGUACUGCUCAUGAUGAUGCGUGUUUAUCUCACACCUCCGCUGUCACUUCCACCAGCAGCAUCAGCAUCACUGCAGCAGUGGAGCAUUUCUGACAGUGAUCUCCUUAAUCGCUCUGUUUGCAUGACAUGUGUAUACCUCCCACCCCGUCCCACCACGGCCCUCACCUGUGUGUUGCGGUGCUUCCCUUGUGAGCCGACCUGGGCCGGCAGCCCGUUCUUGCACCGCCCGCCGACCCGGCCCAUGGUCACCAUGACGCGCUCCAAAACUUUCCAGGCGUACCUGCCCAGCUGCCACCGCACCUACAGCUGCAUCCACUGCAGAGCACACCUCGCCAACCACGACGAGCUCAUCUCCAAGUCCUUUCAAGGAAGUCAAGGCAGAGCAUAUCUGUUCAACUCGGUGGUGAACGUAGGAUGUGGUCCUGCAGAGGAGAGGGUUCUGCUCACGGGCCUUCAUGCAGUGGCAGACAUCUACUGCGAAAACUGCAAAACCACCCUGGGGUGGAAAUAUGUAAGGAAACACUCACAACACAUGGAAAGUUCAAGUACAUUCAUUUACAUAAAGUAGUCUUAAAGGUACAGUAGCAAAAACAAACACUUUGAGAAAAUAGCACCAUGGCUUUGCGAGUUAAAGCUUGCUCAUAAAGGCUUGUCUAAGCAGGACAUAUUCCUUGCAUGGCAUCCAUUAUUAAUCAGCAGCUGUGCCGCAUGCCAAUAGUUUUUUUUUGGUACUAGUGGAUUUCCGGUUGCCCUUGACAUGGAUUCUUGACCGAUGCAAACACCAAUAAGCACACAAACAAGUAUACGUUCCCAUAGUGGCCUGGUUAUUUAUAAGCACAUCAGAUAUUUAUGUCAGUAUGAAUGCAGACGUUUCAGAGUAGCAGAGAAGUUUGACCCAGUGCCCUUCUCCAGAAAUCUGAUGAGUGCUCCCUGCUGCCUGCAUCCAUCAGCCAUAAAAAGAAAAGGCAAAAGGGGUGAUAAAUGCAUUAGUGAAACUUGUUUGUCCUAUCUAUUAAUUGAUUCGAAAAUACACUAAAAUGCAAUUUCUAAAAACAUGACUUGAAUACACUGCUUCUAUGCAUGUUGUAGCGGCAGCCAGUAACCGCUAAGAGACUGAGUAGAGGGAGUAAAUGAUGACGCGUUUCCACUGCAAAUCCUGGUGAUUUAUUGUAACAUUGAGUAACAGUAAAGUAAACAAAACAAAACAAUUAAAUGAAAUGAAAUUAAAUGAAAACGGUCAACAGAAAGUUAGCGUCCCAGCUACCCCUUCCUACCUCCUAACUACACGCAAACUAACAGGUAAUAUGCACCUGUGUCAAGUGACAUCACAAAUUGAAAGUGAAUUUCAAAAUAAAAGACAUCAAUCCAAACCUGGCACCUACACAUGUUUUUUUCUUAUUUAAAAUUUUUAUAUUUUGGUGAAGGGGAAUAAUAUCAUAGAUGUCAGAGAUAAAACUGUCCUGAUAUAAAAAAAUUAAGAAAAAAAGGUAACUCUUUAAGUUGAGGUUCCAUUUGUUAACAUAAGUUAACUACAUUAGUUAACAUAAAUAAACUUCUAAGGAAUUUAUUAAUUGUAGUUCAUGUUGAUUUCAACAUUUACUCAUUCUGUACUUAAUUAAAAUCAAAAAUCAUAUCUAUUCAUGUUAUUUAAUGGACCUGAGCUAACAUGAACUAACAAUAUUAACUAGUAUUAACAAAGAUUAAUAAAUAUUGCAAUAAAUAUAUUGCUCAUGGUUAAUGUUAUAUAAUACACUUAAAUAUAAUUAACAAAUAGAACCUUAUUGUAAAGUGUUACCAAAUAACAUAUAUAACACCUUUAGACAUACUUGACAUAAUUUUAUGUUUUAUGAUAAGGCAAGGCA